AUGUUUAAUAAAUACUCUUUAACUUUUAAAUCAGCAAAUUUAGAAUAAGAAUACAGAGAAAGUUAAAUACCGGUAGUGAAAAAAGAAUAUACAGCAUUUUCUUUAUAAGCAUGCGUAUUUUUAAAAGAAAAUAUAAUAGUUAUACAUGAUAUUUUAUUCCAUUUAUUACUUUAGAAGUCAGCCUUAUUUUAUAGCUAUAUUGCUUAGUUGUUGUUUUAUAGUUAUUUUUAUUAUCUUCUCAAAAUUUUUAGUAGAUAAAUACCCUAGUGCAAUUAAUAUAAUUUUACCUAUUCUAUAAAUAAUUAUGGCUUUGAUUUAAAGUGUUGAUUAUAUAUUUAGAGAAAACAAUCCAGAUAAUUCUUAUAAUUCAAGCAAUGAUUGGUAUUAUGGAUUUUGUGCUUGUUAUUUUCAUAUAGGUAAAUUUAUCAUUUAAAAUAGCUAUUUUUAUUCAAGGAUAUGUAUUAUGGUCACAAACAUUUAUUGUAAUAGGCUUAUUGCUUUCAUAUAUAUUUUGGGCUUAUAAUUCUUCUUAUAUAUAUGUUAGUCUAUUAUUAUGUUUUAUUUCUGUAAUUGUAGGAAUGAUUGCAAUUAAAUACAGUAUAGAAAAUAAUAAAAGGCAAUAGUUUCUACAUAAUCGAGAGAGAAAAAAAUGGUUUGCGGUAAAUUCAUAAAAUAUAUUUUUAGAUAAUUGAUACAGUCUUAGAAUCAUCAAUUUUAGUUAUUAAAUUGGAUAAACAAUAAGAUUAGUUAAGAAUACAUUAAAUGAACAAUAUUACUAAAGAAAUUUUAUAAAUCCAUAAUGAUAAUGAUUUAAGGACAACUUUAAGAAAUGUAAACUAUUUUUAUGACUUAUAAAGCUUACAUAUACAAGAGGAUCAAAACUUUCUGGCUAAGAUAAUAAAUGUACACUUGAAAAACACAUUAGAAUGAUGUUACAAAGUAAUUCGGCAUCUGGUUCUGUAUUCGAAUUCAGAAAAAGAGGUUCAUAAGAUAAAUUAAUUAAUUCAUUAAUUUGCUAAUCUAAUAUACUUGAAAAUUAAUUUAAAGUUUAAAUUGUAAAUUAUUGGACUGAUGAAUAAUAAAUGGUCAUAAUGGCUUCUGAAUGUUUAAAUAAUUAUUCCUAAAAUCAUGAUAAAUUAGAGUUGAAUUUAAAAAACAGGCUCUUAACUUCUAUUGCCCAACAUUGUUUAAAUGUUUAUUUUAAACAAAAAGAUGACAGAUUUUCUUAAUUAUAAUGCAUGAAUUACUUUGUAUCUCUAAACAUCCUAUAGAAUCCUCAUAUUUUAAAUGGGGUUCAAGCUAAAAAAUAUAAUUCAAAUCAGGUUAUAAAAUUAUUAUAAUCUGUCUUUGGAAAUCAAAUAACAAUUAUUAAUAAAUUAAAAUUAGAAAAUUUACAUUUAGAUUUAAAUUCAGUUUUGCUGAUAUUCAUUUCAUUAUUUUAAUUUAGAGAUAAAAAUGAAGGCGUUAUUAAGAUAUCAUCUAAAAUUAAUGAAAAGAAUAUUGAAUCUUUACAUUUUACUUUGAUUUAAUCUACAAAACAAAUGAUUCCCUAAAUUAGAGUUUACUUUACAAAACCUCUAAAUUAUUUUGAUAAAUAAGACAAAUUUGCUAAUAUAUCACAUCUUCAAGCAAAUUUAUUACAUUUAGAUAAGAAGUUGAAUUAUUAAGAUCCAUUAAAAACUACAACUUUAAUCAUUAUGAAAUUUUUACUUUUGCAUUUCGGUUGUAAUUCAUAAAUUAAAACUAAAUAAAAAAAUAACUUAACUUAUUUUAAAUUUUCUUUGCUUAAUUAAUGA